GUCUACAUCCAUAGGUAUACUGCAGAGAAACAUUUCUAAAGCAGCGGCCUGCAGCACGCCGCCACUGAACAACCGUCGCUCCGUCCAUCCUGUCUCGCCGUUCAAGGCGGCGUAGCCCCUUCACUACCUGUACAGCGUAAGACUCUCCCCCUAAACCAGAUUUAGGGUUUUUUGUUUUAUAAUUUCGGUUCGAUUUUGAUUUUGAAUUUGACACAUUUGAUCACGCUCACCUUUUAUGAACCAAAAGUUCAUAAAAGUCCUUGGUUGAUUUGUUUCACUACUGUAAAUGUGUUUUCAGUCGAUUGUUUUUGGCGAUAUGAUAAAAGUUUUUAGUUAGAAAGAGUGAACUUUUCUUCAAUUGUUUGUUGCUGAAGAGUAGGAUUCCAGAUUAUAAGGCUGGUUAUUGUAAAUCCAUCCCAACAUUAUGUAGAACAAUGUUUUUAUUUGAUGUAAGACAUCAUUUAUUUGAAUUAUGCAAGCGCCUGUAUCUUUAGUGUGUGGUUUGUCCUAUGUCCCAACUGUUGUGCGUAAUCAAAUUGCAGCUUCGGGCUCGAAAGGAGAAGACAUAACUUUGGUGGUUUUGCAAACAGAAUUACCAAAGCAACGGAAAUUCGAACAAAGACAUUAGAGUCCUGAAAUUUCGGCGGAAUUAACAAGAAAAAACCAACGCAUAUGUGAAUUCUUAUAUUUAUAAAGGUAGGAUUAGGAGAAUGGAUUCUGGGCGUGGUAAAAUUAGAAUGAAUGUGGAAGGUGAUAGAUUAAGUAGCUUGCCAGACGAUCUUAUUCUUAAAAUCCUGUCGUUUAUUGGCACUAAACAAGCAAUCAGAACAAGUGUUUUGUCAUCUAGAUGGAGGUAUAUCUGGACUUCAACGCCUUGUCUCGAUUUCUCAACUCGGGAUUUUCGUACGUUGGACAAGUUCUACAAAUUUGUUACAGGUGUGUUAUCUAGCCGAAAGAGCCAAAUAGACGUGUCUUCUCUUGAGCUCGAUUUACUUAGAAAGGCUAGCCAGUCGUUUUUCAAAAGAAGUUUGAACAAAAUUUUGAACUAUGCAUUAUCCCAUAAUGUCCAACAGCUGAAUAUUACUUGCUGGAAAGGAUGCGAAUCCCGUCUUUCUCGCUUUAGUUCUCAGUCUCUCGAACACCUCACUUUGAUAGGGCUUAGUUACAAACAUUCCAUUACGACCCCACCUACUUGGGACAUGCAAGCUUUAACAACAUUGACUCUCUUUGGUGUCACAUUGUAUGCUGAUAAUACUGGCGAGUCUGCUGGUCUUUUCUCCAACUGUGCAAACUUGAAGAAUCUCAGCUUAAGUUUCUGCAAAAUGGGAUCGGGUCGUUUCAAUAUAUGUCAUCCUAGACUAUGUAAUUUAACACUUGAACGUAGUAACGAGGGUGAGAAAGGUGAUGUUGCACCUCAACUCAAGAAUCUCACUAUAAAAUAUUGGACAGGGAUUCAUCUUAUUUCCUCACCUAACCUCACCUCCUUGCAGUAUGAAGAUUAUUUUUUUCCUUUGGAGGUAUCUGCGGACCUUCCUCAUUUGGAGAAGGUGGAUAUAUGUAUUCACCACUGUAAUGAUAGGGCAGAUGCUCAUGGAAUUGUUUGCAUGCUUCAAAAGCUUCAUAGUGUCAAAUUUCUUACACUCAACUUGGAAAUUAUCAAGAUUCUUUGUUCAUAUGUGGAACUAAUUUCACAUCAACCUUCUCCAUUUGCCAACUUAAAGAGUUUAGAGAUUUAUCCAAAGAUUCAUCCAGAUUCAGAGCAAACACAACCAAAAGUAACUACCGAAGUUAAAAACUAUUUUGUAGAUGGUUCUCCGGGUGCCACCUUCACAAUGUUUUCACAUGAUGAUAUUAGAGCUAUGAAGAAGACCAAGUUGGCCCAAAACCUUUUACAACUUUACAGGCGCUGCUAGAGCAGGAGAAAGCUCAUAUAGAGACCAACAUGGUAAACAUGCAUGAACAAGAGAAGGCUCAGAUUGAUAUUGAGAGUUGUUGGAAAUACACGAGUGUGCAGAUUGAGAAAGGAAAAGAAAAGACUUCUGACAUCAUUUCAAAGUUGAAGGAGAUCAAAGAUUUAAUGACAGAAUUGCCUGCAUCAAACCGGGCUACCAUACAACCAUCUUUUUCUACCUUGUGUGUAGAGGCCGACAUUGUCAUGAAUAAGAUAACAGAUUGUACGAAGAUGCAAUGCGAUGAGAAUCUAAGGCGUGCAGGUGUGUGCUUUCAUGAGCUUGCUACAACACUGCGGACGUCACCUUAGCAAAUUGUAAGUUCUUGUCUUCUUAAUUUACUAUGUACUCACAAGUGACGACUAUAAUCCAAAUGCCAACUCUUGGUACCAGUGUAAUCGUACUAUUACUAUGUUUAAUGCUUCCCUAGCUGAAAAUGGAUUGCGAAUGGGAUU